AUGACAAUUAGUGCUUCUGUCGUAAUAUACUGCUUUAAUUGUCGUGCAGUCGUACAGAAUGACGAUAGCUACAGCCCUUCGGCGUUAUCUGUACGGGGCCAGUCAAAGGCCGUUCCAAGAGGUAAAAUCUUCCGUGGCCUUGACUCGCAGGCAGAAGUCUCUAUCGAAGCUGAUGGAGCUUUUAACGGCUGCAAUUGCGCGUUAAUGGCUCGUAGCACCCAUUCGGACUGGGCAGGGGAAUGGUCUGGAGGUUCUUGCUAUUAUGAUUUCGAUUUUAUCAAUGCAUGUGCCGGAAAGCGCGGGCGCUGCAAAUUGCAUUUGGGCCAAUUGGCAAAGUGCUUGGCGCCCCUUCAGAGUUGUUCGUCUUAUAAGAUUUGCAAAGACCAGAAUCGCGCCAUAAUCCUGCCUUCGCGCACUGGGGAAUCCCAGCUUAAGUAG